AUGGCACCUCUCAAGAUCCUGAUUGUAGGGUGCAGCAUUGCUGGGCCCACGCUCGCCAUGUUCUUGCUUCUGUCCGACCUACCGCCUUCUGCAAAACCUCACAUCACCAUCCUCGAGCGAGCAUCGUCUAUCCGUAAACAAGGCCAGAACGUUGACAUUCGUGGCGCCGGUGUAACCAUCAUCCGCAAGCUUGGCCUCGAGAACGUGAUUCGGGCCUCUACGACAGGCGAGAUCGGCGUGCAGCUAGUUGAUGCCGCCAAUCGUGUGUGGUCCUCCAGCACAGCAGAUAAGACUGGCCAGGUAUCGACACCGACUGCGGACAUUGAGAUCUUGAGGGGCACAUUGGCAGACAUCUGCCACAGAAGGAGUCGAUCCGUUAGCGAGGAAGUUCAACGCGAGCGGGGUGUCGGAAUCGAGUAUGUCUUCGGAGACUAUCUCGAUUCGUUGGAGCAGGAGGGAAGUCAGGUGAACGUGCGCUUUGCGAAGAGUGGGAACAGGCAGACUUUUGACGUGGUUGUCGGCGCAGAUGGGCUUCAAAGUGGGACACGCAGUCUUGCUUGGGGUGCCGAGGGGGAAAAGGACAGGAUAAGGCGGCUGGGUAUGUAUGCUGCGUUCUUCAGCAUCCCCAAGGGGCCCACCGAUAGUGAGUGGCGCCGCUGGUACCACGCACCUGGACGGCGAGGGAUUAUGGCCAGACCGAGUGAUCAGAAAGAUAGGACCACUGUCUUCAUGUCUGUUAUCAACGAAGAAGACGAGAGGCUAGUUCAGGUGGCAUCAAAAGGGCGGGAAGACGUGGGCGCUCAGAAGAGGCUGAUGGCGGAUUAUUUCCAGGAUGCCGGCUGGGAGAGUCCACGCAUCAUCGAGGGAAUGAUGGAGACGACCGACUUCUACUACGACAUCGUAGCGCAGGUGAAGAUGGACAAGUGGUCCAAAGGUCGGGUCGUCCUGCUUGGCGACGCUGGUUACUGCGCCUCCCCCAUCUCUGGCAUGGGCACUACACUUGCGCUCACCGGUGCAUACACCCUCGCCGGCGCUCUUCUACGCAACCCACAAGACCCUCCCGCUGCUUUCGUCGAGUACGAGGCGAGAAUGCGACCCGUCGUUGCUCGUGCUCAGAAAUUGUUCCCCGGUGCGCCUCAUAGCAUGAAUCCACAAACAGCAUGGGGAAUCUGGACUCUGCAUGCCAUCUUCUAUGCUGUUAAGCGAUCGGGCCUGGGACAUGUGCUGUUCCUCAUUGCGUGGAUCGUCAACCGGCUGCGUCUGGCAAGGCUGCUCUACCGCAUCGGAGGGCCCCCAGCGAAUACUGUGCAGGUGGAAGAGUAUGGAUUUCGUCAGCUGCCGGAGUGGGACGGAGUUGAGAGAUGA